AUGACUUUCGCCUCGAAUGGGUUCAAAUACGAGCCACGACGGAACAAAACUCAAUCGUACGAACUACAAAUGACUCGUAUGGUGUGCGCCGACACACCGUAUCUUGAAACGGAGCUGUUAGAAUGUCGGACAACUUUAAGAAGAAAUCAGAUGCCACUGUUGCGUGUGGUCAUCCAUGUGCCCAAAGUUUACACCUACAUCGUGAUACAGUAUAAUCUAUAUUAUAAGUAUCAAACGUUUCAACCGUUCCUGAUUAAUGGUGAAUUUGAAGGUUGUGCUACAAUGAGAGCUUACGAGCAAGGAUCCUACAAAGAUCCUCUCACUGACUACGUAUGGCAAAUUUUAAAAGAAAUGAUGCCGGGAGUAAUCGUCCCUUGUCCGCAUGGAAACAGAACCUACGUAGUGGAGAGUGUGUUUAAGCAGGAAUAUGCACCAAAAUCGAUUCCUGCCGGAGAGUAUAGAUUGGAUCUGCGCUUUUCGACCAAAAACAAUGUGUCGAUUGUCUUCUUGCAGGGUUUUUUCUCUGCUAGACGUAAGGGUAUACUUAGCUCUAUGAUAGAGUGGUAA